AUGGAGGGGCCGCCAGAUUGGACGGCCGCCCGGGACCGGGAGGUUUUCAUCAACUACUUCGAGUCCAAGUCAUGGCCGUCGUCGUCGAGCCCCUUGGUACCCGUCGACGACCCCGCGACCUUGUUCGCCAACGCCGGGAUGAACCAGUUCAAGCCGGUAUUCCUCGGCACCGCCGCCCCCGAUUCGCAGCUUGGCAGCCUGCGCGGCGCCUGCAACACCCAGAAGCGCAUCCGCGCCGAAGCACAACGACCUCGACGACGUGGGGAAGGAGGAGGCCAUCGGGUAUGCGUGGGAGCACCUGUCGGAUUCUUGCCUUCGCUCCCCCUUUUGAUGCUAGUUUCUACCACACUGCUGUACCUCUGCAUCAGAUUAUGGAUCGGUAAAGUUUAA